AUGCAGGAGCCUACUGAUUAUUCAGGCUUUCUAAUGCAGAAUGCUGCCCCAACAAUUCUACCUACAAAUAGGAUCUCUGGACCUCCAACAUUCCCAGAUCUCCAAAUGCCCCCAGCCCAACUAGUACCUCAUAGUCGCCAAAUGCCACAAAUCUUCCCAUUACUUGAAAGUCUACAAAUGCCUCCAGGAUCUCCAGUGAACCCAGGUUUUCAGGUUUUUCCCUCUCACUUCCCUCCUCAUCCACAAGUGGAUCCUCAUCCAGGGCCACAAGUUCUCAGCAAUGCUCCUAUGAGAGAGUGGAGAGGUCGCAUCAGGUAUAGUCCAGAACAAAAGCGUGAGCUGGAAAAUUUCUUCAAAAACUCCAAGUAUCCUUCCUUCAAGCAACGCAAGAUGUUGGCACAAAGCAUUUGUGUGAUGGAAUACCAGAUUCGGAUAUGGUUUAAGAACCGAAGGUCUAAAUAUUUCAGAGAGCAUCCAGAAGAACGCCAAGAAGCACAAAGGCAUCAAGGUGGGAGAGCCCAUGCUCACCACACUAGCACAAGGGGUCAUGUUCUCAUUAAUUCUGGGGCCACUGGUCAUUCUAUGUCCCCAAACCUAGAAGAUGUUGGCUCCCUUCUUCAACCGAGUUCCUCUGAUACCUUCCCAUCCAUUCUCCAGUCUUGA